UGGGUAAACAGCACCGCCCCGAUGGUUGUUUGUUUUAAGUGUUGAACGAUCCAUCGCAGAGCGCCGUGCUCGAUUGACACUGUCUGCUGAUCUGCUACUGCGGAUAGCUCAGAAUAACACGGCUGCUCGCUAAUUCCCGUCUAUCGGGGCUUUCGCCGAAACACCGAGAGAGUAGGGUCCAGAAAAAGCCAACAAGGCAGGCAAGAACACCGCGCCGCCGGAGUCCGCACCCCAGAAUGGCUUCAGGAGACCUUUACGAGGUGGAGCGGAUCGUGGACAAGAGGCGGAACAAGAAGGGUAAGUGGGAGUAUCUGAUAAGGUGGAAAGGUUAUGGAAGUAAGGAGGACACAUGGGAGCCAGAGCAUCACCUACUGCACUGCGAGGAAUUCAUUGACCAGUUCAACAGCUUGAGACUGCACUCACACAAACGGCCCAAAGUUCCAAAAAAUCGUCAAGAGCCCCUCAUCACCAGCCAGCCAUCUGCUACAGAAAACUUCAGAGCUCGGUCUGAGGCACGAAAGAAGAAAAGGACUUUAGGCCCGGCUGUUGGGGUUAGAGGAGCUGUUCUAGGUAUUGGAAGUGGAGGGUCAGGACCCACUCAGAAGCAGAGGAAGGUGGGUCUUGGACCUGGGAAACCUGCGUUAGGGGACAGAAUAAGCAAAGACAUGACAUACAAGGCUCCUCCCCCGGGAGGGCCACACUUUGUUCACCCAGUGAGGAUUCCUCAUAAUGGACUCCAGAAUGGAGACAUAGAUCCUCUCAUGUACAGGACAUCAGCAAGGUCGCAUAGACUGCCCUCGGACAGAGUGGAUGGAGAACUAGGAGACAUGGAUACCACUGGACAGCAGUUCACCACUGAGUCAGGCUCUCCUCUGGCCAAUGGCAAGAUGCAUCUACACAGCUCAGUAAAGCGGAAGUUGGCUGAGGAGAAAGGCUACGUGUUCGACAAGCGGCUCAGGUACAAUGUGCGACAGAACGAGAGCAACUGUCGAUUCCGAGACAUCGUGGUCAGGAAGGAGGAAGGUUUCACGCAUGUGCUGCUCUCCAGCCAAACAACAGACAACAAUGCUCUGACACCAGAGAUCAUGAAGGAAGUGUGUCGAGCUCUGGGUAAUGCAGCUGCUGAUGACAGUAAAUUAUUGUUGCUCAGCUCCGUGGGGACUGUUUUCUGCAGUGGCCUAGAGCCGUCGUAUCUGAUAGGCCGUCUGUCCACUGACCGCAGAAAAGAGAGCAGCCGCAUCACAGAUGCCGUACGGGAGUUUGUGUUGGCAUUCAUCCACUUCAAGAAACCCAUUGUGGCAGCAGUAAACGGACCUGCUCUGGGCUUAGGGGCCUCCAUCCUGCCCCUGUGUGAUGUGGUGUGGGCCAGUGAGAGGGCCUGGUUCCAAACUCCAUGUGCAGCCCUCCACCUCACCCCCUCUGGAUGCUCCUCCUACACCUUCCCCCAGAUCCUUGGCGUAGCACUGGCCAAUGAGAUGCUGUUCUGUGGAAGAAAACUUACAGCACAAGAAGCAUGCAGUCGAGGUCUGGUGUCGCAGGUCUUCUGGCCAACCACAUUUAACCAAGAAGUGAUGCUGCGUGUGAAGGAAAUGGCAUCAUGCAAUGCAGUGGUGUUAGAAGAAUCCAAAUGCCUGGUGAGGAGUAUCCUCAUGCCAGUCCUGGAGGAAGUGAAUGACAAAGAGUGCCGGAUGCUGAAGCAGCUGUGGUGUUCAACCAAAGGACUAGAGGCACUCUUCAGUUAUCUGCACAACAAGGCGUAUGAGAAGUGAUCAUCCACACCCAGAAAACCGAUGGAUGUGGGUCAAAGGUUAUUUACAGAGGGACAUCCAGGAUGCUAACGGUGUGAUCUCAAAUUGAAGGAAAGGUUGCAUUAAGGGUCUUUGUUUCCAUUCAUCAGCAGAGGAGAUUCUCUGGAGUUUCUGUUUGCUUACAUGUCCACCAACAAUAAGUGAUCAUCUUCAUCUUCUGUGAAUCAACAUAUAUUUAUUGGACCCGUAACUGUCCAGAUGUUUUAUUCUCAAUGAGUCAAAGAGGAAAGGGCCAAAUGUGCAUUGCUUAAAUACACACUGAAGGUGGUUCCUCAGGGAGAUACAGAGUGUGUCUGUACAUAUGUAUGUGUUUAUGAAAUGAUCAGGAUGUCUGAAAUCAGUGUAUGUCUGAUAGCACAUGAUAAAUAGGUGAUAA